CUCUGACUCCCAAGCCCGUGCUCUUGCCACUAGGCCAUGCUGCACUGAACAGAUUCCCCUCAGCAGACCAAACUUUCCGAGCCCCUUUGACGUCGUCGGGAAGAGACACUCUCUGGUGUUCCCCCGAAAGCCAGAACAGGCUGGAUUGACCUUGCACGAGGUUUUCUCCUGGAGCAGAGAGUUGGAAGGCACAGCCUGCUGUCAUGGCCAGGAAGUGAAGGAAGGCAUCACCGGUUUUCCAGGCCUCCCAGCAGGAGGGAGAUGAGUCGAUCCUGCUAGCGAAAUCAGGGUCGCGGAAAGAUGGAUGGAGUUCCAGGCUAACGUGUGUUCCUACUUUAUAAGAGCCAGGCUUUUGCUCCAACUCAUCCAAUCUCAGCAGCCCUCCUAUGCCUUGGAGAAGAACUUAAAGACUCAGAAGGAAAUUGAAAAUCGAGUGAAAGCCUUUGGCUUUGGGGAACAAACUUUACUAUUGAUCUCUGAGGUUAUGGGAGAGGAUUUCAUUCUGAAAAUGUCAAAGAUGAAGGUCAUGCUGAAGUGAAAUGUGUAGGCUCUACAGCUCUGGAUGCCUUAGUAAUUGCACCUGUAAAAUAAUUUCAAGACAGGUGGUUCAGAAAGAUCGAAGCACUCCUUUGAAACUAGGGGCAGCUAAUUGAUUGACAUUUCAACCUAGCAGCCAAUAAUUAAAGUUCUUGCUUCUG